ACCAUUCUUGAUCUUUUCCGUAAUCCACCACCUAAUAUUAAUCAUCUAGGGUUCCUCUAACCACCCAAGAAAAAAGGAAGAAAAAGUUUAUUCUAGGGUUUGUCGUCAGCUUCUAAAUUGUUCAUCUACAAUGGAGAAACCUGGUGGCUUCUGGAUCCCGAAGACAAGCAACAAAGAGUCAUCGUGGGAAGAGCUGGCCUUUGCGGAAGACGAUGCAGCUGGAUCUUUGUGGCCGCCAAGAUCUUACACGUGUAGCUUUUGCCGGAGAGAGUUUAAAUCGGCUCAAGCCCUCGGUGGCCACAUGAACGUUCACCGAAGAGACAGAGCACGGCUUAAGCAAGCCGACGACCAAUACUUAUUCCCCAAAUAUCCUUCGUCUCCGGAGUAUCCAUCUCAUAAAGACAGCGAUAAUAUUCAUGAGACCUCUAGCUAUACUUUGGUUUUUAACUCCAAACCUAAUUAUUUUAAGACUCAACACUCUUGUGUUAUUGAUCUUUCUUCUUCUUCUUCUUCUUUACCAUAUUUGACUCCUUCUAGGGUUUCUUCUGGUUCACAUGGAAAGCAAAAUACUUCUUCUUCUUCCCCUCCUUCUUUCGUUGUAGAACCUUCCAAGAACUCUAAAAAGAUUCCCUCUUCUUCCCCAUGGUCGUUCCCGAGUACUUUUGUGGAGCAAAAGCGUUGUGAUCUAUAUGAAAUUCCGGCUAUGGAAGGAGAAAAGAAGAGAAAGACUGAGAGUGAUGUGCCGAAAAUCGGGCAUAAAGCAAAAAUUAGUCUUGGAAACACCACUGAUCUCUCGGUGAGUAUGAAUCUGGUCAUCCACCAAAGUUUUCCGAUUACUGCUCACGGUAGCGAUGAAGAGAUCGGUAGGGGUGAUAUCCGUAAGAGAAGACGAAGACAUGAGAGUCCGUCGCAGCAGUCAGUUUUCAUUUCAAGUUUAUCUUGUAAGAGUGGCAUAAUUACAAGAAACGAGGAGAGCAAACACAAGGGUGAUCGCCUUGAGGAUUUAGAUCUUGAGCUUAGGCUAGGGACCGAUCCACCAAAGGGAAAUUGAUUGAUGGACCGAUGAAUCUCUACCAAAACAAAGGAAAUCUGGCAAAUAUGUAAGUUUGUAUACUGAAAAAAAUUAAGAGUUUUUAUUUUU